AUAUAAGCAGUUCUAGCAUCUGAAAUCGGCACUCACUCGAGAGCCGGCCCGGCAGACAUAGCAGACUUUGGAAAAACAGCCGCCUCACACUUUUGUGUUAGAAUAUUUAAAUUAAAAGUGCAAAGUAGCAGGCCGUUAGAAGAUAAGGGCAACUGGAACUGGGUCAGGCGGUGAAAACAAGGAGAUGUUUCUGAAAAGCGGGAUGCUGGCCAUUGGGCUAGUUCUCUUGCUAUGGCUGCCCCAUGGCCUGUCCAUGGGUAAUUCUUGCUCGGCCUCAGUGCUGGAGGCCCGCCGCUUCUUUGAACUGGAGAACGAGCAGCUGAGGAAACGAUACCACGAAGAGUUCCUCUCCGGCUACAACUACAACACCAACGUCACGGAGGAGAAUCGUCAGGCCAUGAUUGAGGUCUACGCCCGCAAUGCGGAAUUAAAUAAACGUCUGGCGAAGACCAUUAAGGCCUCCGAUUAUGCCCAGUCGGAGGAUGCAAGCAUUCGCCGGCAAGCCGAGCACCUGUCCAAACUGGGUGCCUCGGCGUUGAGUGCAGAGGACUACCUGGCGCUACAGAACGCCAUUAGUUCCAUGCAGUCCAACUACGCCACUGUCAAUGUGUGCUCCUACACAAACAGAAGCGACUGCACGUUGGCCUUGGAGCCGGAAAUCCAGGAGCGCCUGACGCACAGCAGGGAUCCUGCGGAGCUGGCCUGGUACUGGCGGGAGUGGUACGAUAAGGCUGGCACUCCCAUGCGGGAGCACUUUGCCGAGUACGUAAGACUGACGCGUAAGGCGGCGCAGUUGAAUGGCUAUCCCUCCUACGCCGACUACUGGGUGCAGUUCUACGAGGACACCGACUUUGAACGCCAACUGGAUGCAGCCUUCAAGCAGCUUCUUCCCUUCUACAGACAAAUCCAUGGCUAUGUGCGGUACCGCCUGAGGCAACACUAUGGUCCGGAAGUUGUCCCGGCUGAGGGCAACAUCCCGAUGAGUCUGCUGGGCAACAUGUGGGGGCAGUCGUGGAACGAGGUAAUUGACCUGUUCACCCCAUAUCCGGAGAAGCCGUUCGUGGACGUUAAGGCCGAGAUGGAGCGUCAGGGCUACACUGUGCAGAAACUGUUUGAGCUUGGAGAUCAGUUUUUCCAAUCGCUCGGCAUGCGCGCCCUGCCCUCCAGCUUCUGGAACCUGAGUAUGCUCACCCGUCCCACGGAACGCCAGGUGGUGUGCCACGCUUCUGCCUGGGACUUCUAUCAGGACAGUGAUGUGAGGAUCAAAAUGUGCACCGAGGUGGAUAACCACUACUUCUAUGUGGUGCACCACGAACUGGGCCACAUCCAGUAUUAUCUGCAGUACGAAGGGCAGCCGGCUGUGUUCCGGGGAGCUCCCAAUCCCGGUUUCCAUGAAGCUGUGGGCGAUGUCAUCGCUCUGUCGGUGAUGUCUGCUAAGCACUUGAAAACCAUAGGACUGAUAGAGAACGGCCGGCUGGACGAGAAGAGUCGCAUCAAUCAACUGUUCAAGCAGGCGCUCUCCAAGAUUGUAUUCCUUCCCUUUGGCUAUGCCGUAGAGAAGUAUCGGUAUGCCGUCUUCCGCAACGAACUGGACGAAUCGCAAUGGAACUGCGGCUUCUGGCAAAUGCGAUCGGAGUACGGGGGCCUUGAGCCGCCAGUGGCACGCACGGAAAAGGACUUUGAUGCGACGGCCAAAUACCAUGUGGAUGCGGAUGUAGAGUAUCUGCGCUACUUUGCCGCCCACAUCUUCCAGUUCCAGUUCCACAAGGCACUCUGCCGCCUGGCCGGACAAUAUGCCCCGGAUGACAGCCAACUCACGCUGGAUAACUGCGACAUCUUCGGCAGCAAGACGGCGGGUCGGGCACUCAGCCAAUUCCUCUCCAAGGGCAGCUCCCGCCACUGGAAGGAGGUGCUCCAGGAGUUCACAGGCGAGACUGAGAUGGAUCCUUCAGCCUUGCUGGAGUACUUCGAUCCUCUGUACCAAUGGCUGAAGAAGGAAAACAGCCGUCUGGGAGUUCCCCUAGGCUGGAGCCAAACAAACAAGAUCCCUUCGGAUUGCUGCGGUACUUUCAGCACUUAGCUGGAAACAUGACUUACUUUUUUUUAAACACCAAAAACACUAUGUUUAGACUGUCAUCGCAAGUAAUAAAGUAAACCAUUUUAUAAAUUGUACAAUUUAAAA